UUUGUAGACUUCAAAUGACAUUGAACCCACAUUGAAGUUGAUGAGAGAAAAAUAUGCAAAGUAUGGACUUACUUUGGGAGUGCAAGCCGUAAUUGUUGGUGCAGAGUUGGAUUACAUUAAGCAUUCCUAUAUAAUUAUUAAUGACAUAUGUUACGAGGUGGAGACUGCCUUAAAAGCAAUUGAUAUAGCGUUCAAAUCAACAUAUGCGUUAGAUACCAACUACCCAAGUGAAUGUGCCAGGGAAUGGCUAUUUUUGCAACGAUGUUGCAAAAUCUCUACACCAAGCGACAAAGAUAUUUGUAAUCUUACAGUACUAGGUUUAAUAGAAGAGUACCUAAAGAUUAAGGCUGACAGUUAAGUAAGUAAAGUUGAGUUAAAGCAUGUUAAGCUAUCCUUGCGUGAUGAAGUGAUUAAUUAA